UACUUUGAUUAUUCCAAAGAAUUUGUAAUGCGUGUCGCUUAAGAUUUUUGUUAAAAUAAAGUGGACGAAUUAACAUUUAUAUUUGUUUUAUAAAAAGUUGUAGUUGAAAAUCAUAAAGAAAUGAAGUUACGCUUUAAUUCUUUUGAUAUUGUAUGUGGGGUUACGGAACUACAGUCAUUAGUCGGACUGCGAGUUAACCAGAUCUAUGAUAUUGACAAUAAAACUUACCUUAUUCGCCUCCAAGGCGGAGGAGAAACGAAAAAAAUGCUUCUUAUUGAGUCCGGAAUACGUUUUCAUACAACAGCUUUUGAAUGGCCAAAAAAUAUGUCUCCUUCAGGAUUUAGCAUGAAAUUGCGAAAACACUUGAAAAAUAAACGCCUCGAGAAGCUGCAACAACUGGGUGUUGAUCGAAUUGUGAGCUUGCAAUUUGGAAUUGGUGAAGCAGCUUAUCAUGUUAUUAUUGAGUUAUAUGAUCGUGGUAACAUAAUUCUAACAGACCACGAAAUGACAAUUCUUUAUAUACUUCGGCCUCAUCAUGAAGGUGAAGAUAUUCGCUUCGCUGUCCGUGAAAAAUAUCCAGAGGAACGUGCAAAAAAGGAAUUGGCAUUGCCAAGUGAAGAUGAACUGCGGAAUAUUAUAUUAACAGCUAAGCCCGGUGAUAAUUUGAGACGUUUAAUAAUGCCAAUGGUGGAUUGUGGUCCCUCAGUAAUCGAGCACGUACUUACAAAGCACAAACUCGAUAAUUGCAUUUUUUCAGCAGGAAAUUCUUUGGAGAGUACUAAUAACAGUGUUCUGGUUGAAAAUGAGACCAAGAAAACUUCUAAAAAGAAUAAAAAUAAACGAGAUCACCACAAGCAGUUAAAUACUCGAGAAUUUAACAAGGAAAAUGAUUUAAAGACUUUGAUGCUAGCAUUAGAGGAUAUAUCAAAAAUCAUGAAUGAAGCUCGGCGAUGUGUUAGCAGGGGCUACAUAAUACAGAAGAAGGAAGAAAAACCAUCAACUGAAGAAGGAAAUCAAAUCGAACAUUUUUACCAAAACAUUGAAUAUCACCCAUACAAUUUUUGUCAGUACGAUGGAGAACCAAUUGCUCAAUUUGAAUCAUUCAUGUUGGCAGUUGAUGAAUUUUAUUCGACACUUGAGGGUCAAAAAAUCGACAUGAAAACGUUGCAACAGGAGCGAGAUGCACUUAAAAAACUAUCAAACGUAAAAAAAGAUCACGCCAAACGUAUUGAGGACCUAAAUAAAGUUCAAGAAGGCGACAAACAAAAAGCCGAAUUAAUAACAAUGAAUCAGGGUCUUGUUGAUAAUGCCAUAUUGGCUAUACGAUCAGCCAUUGCAAAUCAAAUGUCAUGGCCUGACAUACACGAAUUAGUAAAGGCUGCCCAAUUAAAUGGCGAUCCAGUUGCUAGUGCCAUCAAGCAAUUGAAACUGGAAAUCAAUCAUAUAUCAUUAAAAUUAUCUGAUCCAUAUGAAGCUAGCCCUGAAGAUGUAGAUGAUGACCAUGAAAGCAGAAAAAAUAGUAAAUACACUAUGAUAGUUGAUGUAGAUCUAGCUCUAUCCGCUUGGGCUAAUGCACGAAAAUUCUAUGACCAAAAAAGAUCAGCAGCUCAAAAGGAACAGAAAACAAUCGACGCUUCGCAAAAAGCAUUGAAAUCAGCGGAAAGAAAAACUCAACAGACCCUUAAAGACGUCCGUACUAUUUCUACAAUUUCUAAGGCACGCAAAGUCUACUGGUUUGAAAAGUUUUAUUGGUUUAUUAGUUCGGAAAAUUAUCUUGUUAUUGGCGGUAGAGAUGCACAGCAAAAUGAACUCAUUGUUAAAAGAUAUAUGCGUUCAACAGAUAUUUAUGUGCAUGCCGAGAUUCAGGGUGCUUCGAGUGUAGUUGUUCGAAACCCAAUUGGCGGCGAUGUUCCUCCAAAAACUCUGUUAGAAGCAGGUACCAUGGCUAUUUCAUACAGUGUUGCUUGGGAUGCAAAAGUUGUUACAAAUGCUUACUGGGUACGCAGUGACCAAGUAAGCAAAACUGCGCCCACAGGCGAAUACUUAGGUACAGGUAGCUUUAUGAUUCGCGGCAAGAAGAACUUUCUGCCUUCCUGCCAUUUGAUUAUGGGUCUUAGCUUACUAUUUAAGCUGGAAGACAGUUUUAUUGAAAAACAUCGCGGAGAGCGGAAAAUACGUAGUUUCGAAGAAGAACAAGAACAUGCCGAAAAUAAAUUGAAAACUAUGUGUUUGGCGGUCGAAAAUCUUGAUGAUAUUGCAGAAGUAGAAGUUGAACUAGAUGAGGACAACAACGAUAAUGAAGACGAGGAUAAUGAAUGUAACGAAACAAAGAAAGAACCUGGAAAGUCGGACAUACAGCUAGUUACAGAAUUUCCAGAUACACAGGUGAAAGUUGAACACGAUACAGGGAGGAUAUCUAUUAAAAAUAAACUGAUAGCAUCCAAUGAUGACUCAGCACAAACUGAGCGUGAUGAAAAAAUAUCGUCGCAUGUAGAACAGGAGGAGUCAACUAUUAUUCCAGCUGCUCCGCCUCGAAAAAAGCAACAACAAAAUUCUAAGAAACGCAAGGAGGAAAAGGAUCGUAAAUCAAAAAGGGAACUGGAUCAGAAACUACAAAAACAGCAGUCAAUGGAUGAUUGCCAAAGCAAAAAUAGUUCUCAGGCUGUAAAGCGUGGACAGAAGGGAAAACUGAAAAAGAUUAAAGCCAAAUACAAGGAUCAGGAUGAAGAAGAACGUCAACUGCGUAUGCAAAUACUGAAAUCUGCUGGCAAAAUCAAUGAAAUUGUAACGGACCCGAAGGCAGAUGACGAAUCUUCAGUCAAUAAAAAUAAUAAACCUAAACGUCCGAAUGAGCUGAAACAAAUACAUCAAGGAGAUGUGGAGGAUUUGGAUGAUGUUCCCACCGGUGCUGAUGUAGAAAUGAUCGACUCCCUAACUGGUCAACCAUUCGAAGAUGAUGAAUUGUUAUUUGUUAUACCAGUAGUUGCGCCUUAUCAAGCUCUUCAAAAUUACAAAUUUAAAGUAAAGCUUACUCCUGGUACUGGAAAGAGAGGACGUGCAGCAAAAACAGCUCUAACUAUGUUUUCUAAGGACAAAAUGUGCACUCCAAGAGAAAGGGACCUUUUAAAGAGUAUUCGAGAUGAGGCCCUAGCCCGUAACAUACCUGGAAAAGUAAAAUUGUCCGCCCCACAGUUACAAAAGUUUAAGAAAUAAUGUAAUUUAGUAAAUAACCGUCGGAAUUGAAAUGGCCUUUCAUAACGUGUACUAAAGUGCGUUUAUUUUUAAAUAAUUGAUAAACCUUUAAUAAAUCCUUUAUGAAAA